AUGAAGGUGACAAACCCACAAUCAUCAAGUGUUGUAAUGGAGAGAACCACCGGAGUUGCGACGGUCUCAACGGCGGCGUCAAAGAUGGAGACGGUUUACGAGAGGGUGCACCACCUGGCCAAUAGUAACGCAGUGGUGCUGUUUUCAGUGAGCGGCUGCUGCAUGGGCCAUGUAGCGAAGCAGCUUCUUCUUGGCCUGGGCGUCGGCCCUACGGUGGUGGAGCUCGACAGAGAAACGGCGGGGGUGGAGAUUCAUGCUUUACUCUACCGCCUUGCGGCGGGGAACGACCAGCAGCAGCCAAUUCCGGCCAUCUUCGUUGGUGGCAAGUUUCUUGGAGGAAUUGAAACGCUCAUUGCUUGCCAUAUCAAUGGCACCCUUGUUCCUCUUCUCAAGGACGCUGGUGCUCUUUGGCUUUAA